AUGAUGCAGCCGAGUGGUACUACCCAAAACGCGACUAACGGUAAGUUGAAUAAUCCGCCCCCUAAUCUAGAAGGGGAGCGGAUAGGUAUAGUGACGGACCCAAUCUUACAAGCGAGAAGACCUGAAGCGACGCAGGAAAGAGAUAAGAAACUAGAGGCCGGAAGCACGUCACUCACGCAACCCACUUUAAAGGAAAUGCAGAAAGAGUUGGAGGAACACAUCCGCAGGGAAAGAGAGUUGAGAAGAUUGCUGAGAGAAGCUAGCAACGAUCAAUGCGCUAAAGAAUGCUUGGAAAGCGCCGAGGAUAAAGAAGAAGAUCACGGAAUGAUGACACAGGAGGUGAUGGCCAAAUUUUUCGAGACAAACUACAAAGUGGUAAAACAGAACAAUUACGAUUUCAUGGCAAGCCCAUACACCCCCGAGAUCGUGGAAUAUCAAUAUUCAGAGGAUUAUACUUCACCGAAGUUCAAAGUGUCUGAUGGACAAGGGAAUGCGCGAGAACACCUUAGCAGAUUCGUCGCCUCUAUGAACGAUCGAGCCUCUGAUGGGAAGUUGUGCCUAAGGGAGUUCCCGAAGUCGUUGACUGAUAUGGCCUUCUCGUGGAAAGUCACGACCAUCGACUUGAGUAAAUGUAACCAACGGUUAGGGGAAGACAUAGGGAAGUAUAUCACCCAGUUUCGUCAUUUUGCGCUGGAUUGCCAUGAGAACGUUAAAGAAGAUGCAUUAGUGGAGAUCUGCGUACGCGGAAUGAUACCGUUUUUCAAGAAAAGCCUGGUGAACUUCCGAUUCCCAACCUUGGUCGAGCUGGAUGAAGCGGCAGCAAGAAUCGCCGAUUAUAUCGAAGAAAGCAACUCGGAUUAUGUUUGGCACAAUGCGGUCAACACCGUCUCAAUAACACCAAGGAACAACCGCGCAAACAACAACCAAGAAGGCUGGGGAGCGCAAACAAAUCAGUCAUAUAGAGAUCAACCGCUUCCUCUCCCAUUUCCCUGUGAUAAAGAGCAGAUCGUCGGGCUCCAAGAGCAGUGGAUGGAGGAUAAAGAAAUUCAGUUGCCUCUAACGAAGGCGAAUCCCACCGAUACCCAGAAGAGCAACGCCAGGUACUGUCACUUUCAUCGUAGAGUACAACACCCCACGGUCGACUGCUAUAACUUAAUAAGAAUGUUUCAGAAGAAACUGGAAGGGGGCGAAUUCGAAAUGGGAGAUCCCGAUGGAGCAAAAGAAAUCCAAAAUCAUGUAAUGAUACUUUCUCAUGAUCCCAACGGAGAUGAAUGGAAACCAUGGGAAGAAAAGGAUGAAGAAGCAUGCGAGGUUACCAUAGAAGGCCGCGUAUUUACAAAUACAUAUGGUGUCGCUAGAAAAUUCGCGGGUACAGUAUUGGCUCAGCAGUUUUUUGACUCGCUGGGUUUUAGCGAGGAUCAGAGCAGGGAAGCGGCCAAAUUUAUCGCGGCAAUUGCGGCAGGAAGGCCUUACGAUUCCCUUCCCAGAGAAGCUAUCGUAUUCACAGACGAGGAUAUUUUAUAUCCGGGAGAGAACCUUAGACCCUUCUACCUGACUGCGUAUAUCAAUAAGGUUCCUUUGAAGAGGUCUUUCGUAGACGGUGGCGCAUCUUUAAAUAUAAUCUCUACGCAUAUACUAGAAUUCCUUGGGGUACAGCGGUCGGCAAUUAAAAUGCGAACCACGACUGUGAAAGUAUUUGGAGGACAUACUCAGGCGACAAUCGGGAUCGUCCAUUUGGUUAUGAAGAUUGGUCCCAUUCGUGGACUUACCCCUUUCUAUGUACUAGAAGACGACACGACGUUCCAUGUACUGCUAGGACGAGGGUGGUUACUCAACCAUAAAAUGGUAGCUUUAACGUACCAUCAGUGUGUCAAGACUAACAUAUGA